AUGGUUUUCUACUUGAUUGGAUUGGGUCUCGGUGACGUGGAAGACAUCACUGUCAAGGGACUGAACAUCGUCAAAAACUGCGCACGCGUUCAUCUUGAAGCCUACACAAGUAUUCUGUGUUACGGACUCGAUAAAACGAAUCUCGAGAAGUUUUACGGAAGAGAAGUGAUUGAAGCGGAUCGAACGAUCGUAGAGCAAGAAUCUGAUGCAAUCUUAAAAGGAGCCGAUAAAGAAGACGUCGCUCUUCUCGUUGUCGGAGAUCCAUUUGGAGCUACUACUCAUGCUGAUCUUGUUCUUCGUGCUAAGCAACAAAAUAUUCCGAUUCGUAUCAUUCACAAUGCUUCAAUUAUGAACGCCGUCGGAUGCUGUGGACUGCAACUCUACAAUUUCGGAGAGACUGUUUCAAUUGUAAUGUGGACUGACGAGUGGCAACCAGAAAGCUAUUAUGACAAAAUCGCUUUGAAUCGUCAGCGUGGAAUGCAUACCUUGUGCUUGUUGGACAUUAAAACCAAAGAACAAACUGUGGAGAACAUGAUGCGCGGACGAAAGAUCUUCGAGCCUGCCAGGUAUCAAAAGUGUUCAGAGGCAGCGAGCCAGCUGUUAACCAUCUGUGAGCGACGAAAAGCAAAGGGAGAAGAGUGUGCCUACGACGAGAAUACGAUGGUGGUUGGAUUGGCGAGAGUCGGAUGGGACAAUCAGAAGAUCGUGUAUUGCAGUCUGACGGAAAUGAGCGAGAUGGAGAUGGGAGAACCAUUACAUUCGUUGAUUAUUCCUGGAGAGACGCAUCCUUUGGAAGUGGACAUGCUGGAAACAUUCAGAGCCUCCUCCUAA